AUGAAUGGAGUCAAGAGUUGGACAGUGACGCUUGUAUUUUAUUUCCUCAUUUUAGCGGUAUUAAUUGCAAAUCUAGACGGUAGCUCAUCGCUAUUUGGAAUUAUACCUAAGCGUGCCAAUUCAUCACAAAAACCUCCUCAUUUGCAUCUACAGCAGUUAGGAAUCACAGGUUCUCGAUUGCUACGAUUUUUUCAAGAUAAUCUAUUAGAAUUUGAAGGCGCUUCUUCUUUACCGGGUGAUGAACAACCUGGGAUCUCUUUAUAUUACGACUCCUUCAAGAAAUAUCUUUAUGACGCUCCACAUGGACCACCAAGGCCGUUAGAAUGUAAUCCUGAUAAAUCUAUUGUAGCAAAAUUGACGAAAGACGUUCAACCAAUACCAGUUCACUCCCAUAAUGAUUACUGGAGAGAUCUGCCGCUUUUUCAAGGAAUUGCUCAUGGUGCAAUCAGUACUGAAGCAGACGUUUGGAUAUAUCCUAAGCCUACGAAUGCAGAUACACCAGAAGACGAGUAUAUUCUAGCCGUAGGACAUAACGAAGUGUUCUUGGAUCCUGUGCAUAGAACUUUGGAUGGGUUGUACACGGGACCACUAGCGGACAUGUUGGACCAAGUCAAUUGUGUAGAAGGUCACAAAAGUGGUGUGUUUUAUGAUUCUCCCGAGGAUACGUUGUUCUUUUACAUCGAUUUUAAGAGCCAGGAGACUCAUCUGCUCUACAAAUUGUUAAUGGACAAGUAUUUGAAACCAUUGAUGGAUAAGGGCUAUUUGACUUAUUUUGAUUUAGAGUCUAAGAAAUUGGUUUGGAAUCAAAUUACUGUAAUCCUCACUGGUGAUUUCCCCAAGGAUCUGGGUGUCAUCGAUAAUGGCGAAAAUGGAUAUUACAACGAUAACAAAAGGUAUGCUUUCCAAGAGGCUAAUAUUUUAGAACCUACUGCCCUAGAGCCUAACGCCUCAGUGGUUUCCACUUCUUCAUUGAGUAAUCUACUAGAGAAAUGCGGUUAUAAUGAAAGAAGCAUCCUAUCACAGGGCCAAAUGGAUAACUCCUUGACAAAGUGCAUUAAAUCUCUGAUUUCCCAAUCUCACGAAGCUGGUUUAAGAACUCGUAUAUGGGGGGUCCCCAAUUGGCCCGUCAGCUUUGCCACCAAUUUAUGGCAUCAACAGGUUGAGAAUCUUGGGGUCGAUCUUCUAAAUGUUGACAAUUUGGACCUCGCUCAAUCAAUUUUCUAA